CGCGUUAGCUGUGUUUGAACCGCGGCGGGUUUCUUGCGUUUCCGUCACGGGAACUGUGUCCAAAUGAGCUGAAACUACAAGGGCGAAUCUUUUCGUUGUUUUCUUUACGAAAUGCCCCGAGAAAUCAUAACGCUGCAGCUGGGGCAAUGCGGAAAUCAAAUUGGCUUUGAGUUCUGGAAGCAGCUGUGUGCUGAACAUGGCAUUAGCCCUGAAGGCAUUGUGGAGGAGUUUGCUACUGAGGGCACAGAUCGCAAGGACGUGUUUUUCUAUCAGGCAGAUGAUGAACAUUACAUCCCACGGGCAGUUCUCCUGGAUCUGGAACCCAGGGUCAUCCACUCCAUUCUGAACUCUCCGUAUGCCAAUCUCUAUAAUCCAGAGAACAUCUACUUGUCUGAGCAUGGCGGCGGUGCGGGGAACAAUUGGGCCAGUGGCUUCUCUCAGGGUGAGAAAAUCCACGAAGACAUCUUUGACAUCAUCGAUAGAGAGGCAGACGGUAGCGACAGCCUCGAGGGCUUUGUUCUGUGUCACUCCAUUGCUGGUGGAACGGGCUCAGGUCUGGGCUCCUACCUUCUGGAGAAGUUGAAUGACAGGUACCCUAAGAAGCUAGUGCAGACAUACUCUGUGUUCCCCAACCAGGACGAGAUGAGCGAUGUGGUGGUGCAACCCUACAACUCGCUCCUGACACUGAAGAGACUCACACAGAACGCAGACUGUGUGGUGGUGCUGGACAACACAGCCCUUAAUCGGAUUGCCACUGACAGGCUGCAUAUUCAGAACCCUUCAUUUUCACAGAUCAAUCAGUUGGUGUCCACCAUUAUGUCAGCAAGUACCACCACCCUCCGUUAUCCUGGGUACAUGAACAACGAUCUCAUUGGUUUGAUUGCAUCUUUGAUUCCAACUCCCCGUCUACAUUUCCUCAUGACUGGCUACACUCCUCUCACUACAGACCAGUCGGUGGCCAGUGUGAGGAAAACCACAGUUCUCGAUGUCAUGAGGCGGCUGCUGCAGCCCAAGAAUGUCAUGGUAUCCACAGCCAGGGACAGGCAGACCAACCACUGCUACAUCGCCAUCCUGAACAUCAUCCAGGGCGAGGUGGACCCCACACAGGUGCACAAAAGCUUGCAGCGCAUCAGAGAAAGGAAGUUGGCCAGCUUCAUCCCCUGGGGCCCUGCCAGUAUCCAGGUUGCCCUCUCCAGGAAGUCCCCCUACCUCCCCUCUGCCCACCGUGUCAGUGGCCUGAUGAUGGCUAAUCACACAAGCAUCUCCUCGCUCUUUGAGCGCACGUGCCGCCAGUACGACAAGCUGCGCAAGCGAGAGGCCUUCCUAGAGCAAUUUCGCAAGGAAGACAUGUUCAAGGACAACUUCGACGAGCUAGACAACUCUCGGGAGGUGGUGCAGCAGCUCAUCGACGAGUACAGCGCUGCCACGCGUCCCGACUACAUCUCAUGGGGCUCCCAGGAGUGAUGUCCCCCAUCUGUCUACCCCUCUGUUGCUGUGCCUUCACCUGAAAUGUAAAAGCCACCUGGAGUCUAAGCAGGUAGUUACUGUAUUUAUAGCUUUCCUUCCACUUAACAGUGUGGACCUUAUUGGCAUAUUUCUCAGAGGUCUUACUAGUCCCGUUCCCAAUGAAGAUGUUACUGAAUUCUCCUAUUUUUGUAUAAUUUAGAUUGAUUUAGAUCCUGUGUUUAGCCUUAGAUCUUACUACUAUACUUUUGUACUGUAUGAUGUCUGUUGCUGCAUGUAUUUAAAUUUAGGAGAGUUAUGCCUGCUGAAUGCGUCAUGGUAUUAUUCUCUCUGAUCUCCCUGCACAUGAGUGUAAAGGCUGCAUCUGAGAUGAUCUGAAAGGAGGCAGUAGACAAAGUGUUCAAGUGUGGUGGAUGGUAGUGAUUUAGGAGAAGGUAGCGGUUUGUCUUGGAAGAAGGAAAUAUUGUAUUAGCCAUUAGCCUGUAAACACGUAGGAAUUCAGAGUUUAGACAUACUUUAGGUGCGUGCUUUUAAAUGUUUAUCUUGAAAUAAAUUAUCUACAUGUAAAUGUA